GGGCUGGUGGGGUCUAUCAUUGGUUCCCAUUGAGGGUUUUACGCCGUGCGACGUCACCAGCCGAGUAAAGGGAGUUUUCUUUUCUCUCCAGUGACAGGAGGAGUAUCUCCACAGCGCUUUAGCACACCAGCACGCGGAAGAUCAAAUAAAUGAGGGAAAGGUUCCGUUCGCUAUUACAAUGUAAUAGUUGAAUUGGAAUAAGAUACUCAGCUUUACCGAUACAGCAGAAGAUAUUUGAAUGGCUAAAAUACUCUGAAGCGACAAUUCCUCGUCAAUAAUUCUCAGACCAUGAACUACGUGGGCCAGUUGGCAGGCCAGGUGUUUGUGCAGGUGAAGGAGCUGUACCGGGGCCUGAACCCGGCCACUCUUUCAGGCUGCAUCGAUGUCAUUGUGGUACGCCAGCCCGACGGCACCCUGCAGUGCUCGCCCUUCCACGUCCGCUUCGGCAAGAUGGGCGUGCUGCGCUCCCGUGAGAAAGUGGUGGACAUAGAGAUCAAUGGAGAGCCUGUGAGUCUACACAUGAAGCUGGGGGAGAACGGAGAGGCCUUCUUUGUCAAGGAGACAGAGAAUACACUGGAAGUGGUUCCAUCGUACCUGGCGACAUCGCCUAUCGUGUCCCAGGGGGCGGAGCUAAUGGAAGCUCAGUUAGGGAGGGGUGUGUCUCGCCUCUCUGACCCCGCCUCCCUCCAGGUCCAGACCCUGGGCUCCCAGCAGACCACAGGAGGAGGAGGAGGGGAAGGAGGGAUGAUGAUGAAGAAGAGGAGGAAAAGGAGGAGGAAGGCACGGGAAAGCGGAGGAGGGAGGCGGGAGGAGAGUGGGGAGUACUCAGAGGAUGAGGACAUGUUCACCAUCGACAUGAGCACUGAUGAGGAGAGAGAGCACGACAACAACAGUAGCAGGGUCUCUUCUCGGGAGCUCAAUGGAGAGCAGGGACCUAAGGCCAGUGUGUUGAGCAGCACCUACACCCAGAACACAACAUACACACACGCCGACGCAGACUGGGCACGCUCGCAGAGUGCUAUAUUAGAGCAGACACAUACUCUGUCUAUCCCUCCUAGUGGUGGUCUGUCCAUCUCCUGUCCACAGCAGACUUCUGUCUUCCCUUCUCUUAUCAGCAGCCCCGGUGGCUCCCGCCCCUCCACUCCAAAGAGUGACUCGGAGCUGACCAAUCAGAGCAAAGACAACCCUGAGAUUCUGUGGGCCUGGGGGGAGCUGCCACAAGCUGCCAAGCCCUCCUACCUCCCUCCAUCCCAGAUGCAAGAUUCUGGGAUGAAGUCCCCUGUCUCCAUCCCUGUGUGUGAGAGCACACACUUCAGGACCAUCCCCGGAGACUGUGGCCCCCCUGGCCAGACCCAGAGCCACCCAGACAAUGGCCCCCCAUCCCUCACCCCUUACAUGCCCCAGCCUGGGAACAACACGGCUGGGCCCGGGGCUGGGGGGGACAUGGAGGUAGUAGGGGCAGCCUGUAGAGAGGUGGAGGGGCUGAUGGCCUCUAGGUUGCUGUCAGAACUGGAUGAGGGGGGCCAGAGGGGCAGCCCAGUCAGACGUACAGACUCCCCAUCCAAGAGGAAAGACAAGAGGAGCCACCACCUGGGCUCUGAUGGAAUCUACCUGGAUGACAUCACUGAGUUGGAGCCAGAGGUGGCUGCUCUGUACUUCCCUAAAAGUGACGGUUCAGUGAGAGGGGGCUCGGAGACAGGGGUGCGGAGCGCCAACCAAUCCCCUCAGUCGGUGGGCAGCAGUGGGAUGGACAGCGGUGUGGACAGCUACUCUGACCAGCUGGGAGACAUGCCCAACAUCGCCAUUUCCCUGUGUGGAGGUCUCACUGACAACAGAGAGAUCACAAACGAACAGUUCCAGGAGAGAGCCAUCUCUUACCAGCAGUUCACUGAAAACCCCUCCAUCAUCGACGAUCCCAACCUGGUGGUCAAGAUAGGAACCAAGUACUACAACUGGACCACCGCAGCCCCUCUCAUGCUGGCUAUGCAGGUGUAUCAGAAGCCCCUGCCAAUGCACUCCUGCCUGAGUUAUGUGUACUCUGCCUUUGGCCUCUUCUCCUACUGUUUACCCAGUCUGUUCGGCUCCAGCCCCGCCACGGUGGAGAACAUCAUGAAGGAGAAGAUGCCCAAGAAAGGAGGCCGCUGGUGGUUCUCAUGGCGUAGCAGGAACAGCAACUCCAAAUCGGACUCAGUGUCUGAGACAGGAGUUGGAGACGGGGGAGAGACCUCGCUCAGCAUGGCUUCAGUCAUUGGAAUGAAGGAGGAGUCUUCCUCCAGCGAUGAGGAACACAGAUCCAAUCAGGGCUCAGAAUCCUGCCAGGCCGAGCCUCUUCUCACACCUGGUAGUGUCUUCUACAGGAAGACCCUCAGACUGAACCCAGAGCAGCUGGCCAGUCUUCAGUUGAAGGAGGGUCCUAAUGAGGUGGUGUUCAGUGUGACCACUCAGUACCAGGGCACCUGUCGCUGCCAGGGCACCAUCUACCUCUGGAGCUGGGACGACAAGAUCGUAAUCUCAGACAUCGAUGGCACCAUCACCAGAUCUGACACCUUGGGCCACAUCCUGCCAACGCUGGGUAAAGACUGGACCCACCAGGGUAUUGCCCGCCUCUACCACCGAGUCAGCCAGAAUGGUUAUAAGUUUAUGUACUGCUCUGCAAGGGCCAUAGGUAUGGCUGAUAUGACGAGGGGGUAUCUUCACUGGGUCAAUGAGAGAGGAACCAUGCUGCCUAUAGGACCUGUCCUACUCAGCCCCAGCAGCCUGUUCUCAGCCCUGCACAGGGAGGUGAUAGAGAAGAAGCCUGAGAGGUUUAAGAUUGAGUGUCUGACCGACAUCAAGCAGCUGUUCUACCCUAACACUGAGCCUUUCUACGCAGCCUUCGGCAACAGAGCCACGGAUGUGUACUCCUAUAAGGAGGUGGGCGUUCCCCUAAACAGGAUCUUCACAGUCAACCCCAAGGGAGAGCUGAUACAGGAACACGCUAAGACCAACAUCUCAUCGUAUGGUCGUCUGUGUGAGGUGGUGGACCAUGUCUUCCCCCUGUUGAUCAGAGGCCACGUCUCAGACUUCUCCUGCCCUGACACCUUCAGCCAGUUCACCUACUGGAGAGAACAGCUGCCCCAGAUCCACAGCCCCGACCAUCCCUUGGUCCACAGCCCCGACCAGCCCCUGGUCCACACCCCCGACCAGCCCCUGGUCCACACCGCCGACCAGCCCCUGGUCCACACCCCCGACCAGCCCCUGGUCCACACCCCCGACCAGCCCCUGGUCCACACCGCCGACCAGCCCCUGGUCCACACCCCCGACCAGCACCUGGUCCACACCCCCGACCAGCACCUGGUCCACACCCCCGACCAGCCCCUGGUCCACACCGCCGACCAGCCCCUGGUCCACAGCCCCGACCAGCCCCUGGUCCACACCCCCGACCAGCCCCUGGUCCACAGCCCCCGACCAGCCCCUGGUCCACACCCCCCGACCAGCCCCUGGUCCACACCGCCCGACCAGCCCCUGGUCCACACCCCCGACCAGCCCCUGGUCCACACCCCCGACCAGUCCCUGGUCCACACCCCCGACCAGCCCCUGGUCCACAGCCCCGACCAGCCCCUGGUCCACACCCCCGACCAGCCCCUGGUCCACACCCCUGACCAUCCUCUGGGCAUCAGCUGUGGAGACCCACUUCCACAUCAGACCACCCCAUAA